CCGGAGCCAGAAUUUCCCGAUCGUUGUACAUCAAUGAAGCCGAGCCACCGAAGCCAAGGUUCGCUCUCUUUUACCAGACAUAUCCUUCAAAGGGUUGAAUUGCCAUGGGUGCUUACAAAUAUCUCGAGGAGCUUUACAAGAAGAAGCAGUCGGAUGUGUUCCGUUUCUUGCUUCGUGUCAGAUGCUGGGAGUUCAGACAAAUGAACGUCAUUCACCGUGCUUCUCGUCCUUCUCGUCCCGAUAAGGCUCGUCGCUUGGGCUACAAGGCCAAGCAAGGCUAUGUCAUUUACCGCAUUCGUGUCCGUCGUGGUGGUCGCAAGAGACCCGUCCACAAGGGUGCUACUUAUGGCAAGCCCGUCAACGAGGGUGUGAACCAGCUCAAGUACCAGCGUUCGCUCCGUUCCACCGCCGAAGAGCGUGUCGGUCGCAAGUGUGCCAACCUCCGUGUCUUGAACUCUUACUGGAUCAACCAGGAUGCUACUUACAAGUACUUUGAAGUCAUCCUCGUCGAUCCCUCGCACAAGGCCAUCCGUCGCGAUCCCCGCAUCAACUGGAUCGUCAACCCCGUCCACAAGCGUCGCGAAGCCCGUGGUCUUACCGCCAUCGGCAAGAAGUCUCGUGGCAAGGGCAAGGGUCACUUGUUCACCAAGACCAAGGGUGCCGGUCGUCACUCCAACUGGAAGAGACGCAACACCUUGUCUCUCCGCCGCUACCGUUAAAUGUAGAACAAGCCCCUGUGCUUUUUCUUUACAGAUUGUAUGGAAUUUUGUUGUCACUUUGCACGAGAUUUUCAUAAAAUCCUUCGGAAAUCCAAACAUGCUAGCAGCAACUUGGGACUCUUUUUUAAUGAUCAAAUGGUUGAAUGGAAGGGGAUAGGAUGGGCAUGAUAAAAUGAGUUAUUUGUCUUUGUGAGUGUGUAGUAUCAAUGCCAGCGCGUGCGUUCUUUUUUUU